AUGGCGGCCUCUGAUGUCGAGGACCCUCGCUCCCGUUCUGGCUCUCCUGACGAAAGCGAACUUCAAGAAGACAUGUCAGAGCCACCUCAAGAGGGAAAGAAGUCGAAGCCUGCCAACGGUGCUUCCAAUGCAAAGGACCCCAAUCGUCCUAGGCGCAAAAAGGCUCGUCGGGCUUGCUUUGCGUGUCAGCGUGCUCAUCUGACAUGCGGUGAUGAACGUCCGUGUCAACGAUGCAUUAAGCGUGGCCUGCAAGAUGCUUGCCAGGAUGGAGUCCGAAAAAAGGCCAAAUACCUUCACGAUGCUCCCAAUGAGGCGCUCAUGCCCGGUGUCGGUGCCACCAUGUACACGCAUCCCGCAGCGAAGCGCGCCUCGACCACCACUAACCCCCAUGAUUCGCAGCAGCAGAGCCAGCCACAGGGAAAUUCCCAGCAGUAUUUUCCGCCAUCGCAGAACUUCAACAUGUUCACCCCGUCCCAGCAGAUGCCACCCCCGAUGCUGCAGGAGCGAUCCAUGAGCAGCUCGAAUAUGAUGCAGCAGUCGCCCCUGAACACCACUUUCAAUAUCAGCACCCAGCCUCCCAUGCAGUCCCCAACUGUCGAACACACCAAUCAAGGUAUGCAACCUCAAGGCUGGUCUGGAAUGGCUGGCGCUCUCUUUAACGAUCCCUCGGCCUUCAACUUUGAUAUUGCCAGCAUGAACUUCACAAACCAAUAUGGUGCGCUGGAAUUCGGCAUGCUUGGCCAGAUGGCCACCAAUGCCGGAGAUACACCUCCAAGCGAGUCAGGCACUACGCGAGGUUCAGUCCAUCAGAACUAUCGCGUGCCUUUGGGCAGCUUCAGCGAGUCCCCCAACAACACUUCUUUCCCUUACAACGACCCCGCCAUGAUGUCCGACUGGUCCAAUGGUUCAGGUGUAUAUCACGCCCAGAUGGGCGGGGGCCAACCACAAGCUCCGCAUGCUUUUGCGAUCGAGACCAAUGCUCAGUUCCACUCACCCGAAAACCAUCAGACGCCGCCUGAUGGGCUCAAAUUUGAGGAAUCGCCGCUUCUCACCUCUGCCCAUCUGAAACCUCCUGUUGAGAACAACAUGUCUCAACCGCUGCAGCGGCCGCAGGUAUCGCCUCAGAAACAGCGACAACCAACUCAAAUCACUACACCUCAGCUCAAGGCCAAAACCGCAUUACCUGCGAAACCUUCCUCCAAACGUCCACGCGACCCCUCUACAAUCUAUACGUCCGUCACCACACCUCAUCCUUACACGCAAAACUUCCACCAUUUGAUCGCCUAUCUUCAGCGGCGCUUCUCAUCGCAGCACUCCAAGACGCUCAGCAUUGCCAAAUCACUGGCCUCCAUACGUCCCUCGUUCAUCGCCACAACCAAGACCCUCAACCGAGAUGACCUCAUCUUUAUGGAGAAGUGCUUUCAGCGUACGUUGUUCGAGUACGAAAGCUUCAUCGAAGGCGUGGGCACACCCACUAUCGUCGCACGCCGUACUGGUGAGGUGGCGGCUGUGGGUAAGGAGUUCCAAAUCCUGACCGGCUGGUCGAAGUCGGUUUUGCUUGGUCGGGCUCCGAAUCUGAACGUCAACCGUGGACACACAGGCCUUACGCCGCAAACGGGCUCGGGUGCAAAUUCGGCGUCAGCAAGCUACGGCAACACCAAAGGAUUCAACACGCCGCAGCGUACAACUGUCACCGAGGAGGCCAAUGGACAAAAUGGGGAGAAGAGAGAUCGACCCGUAUUUUUGGCCGAGUUAUUGGAUGAUGACUCGGUCGUGCAGUUCUAUGAGGACUUUGCAAGACUCGCAUUCGGAGACAGCAGGGGCAGUGUUUUUCGGAAGGGCAAAUUGCUCAAGUACCGCACCCGCGAGGACGAAGUGGCUGCAGAACUCCGGAAGGAAGCGGCGCAGCGUCAGUCCGAUGGCACAGGUGCCGAUGCGGGAGGAGAUGACCAGGUGGGAAGCAUGGGUGGUCCAGUGGGAGGCGGUGGACAGGGCCCGCAGAGGCGCGAUACCACGAGCGGUGGUGUGAACCCGAAGCUCCGCAAAGAGGGUAUUUCGGGGGAGAAGGGGAUGCAGAAAUUGGGAAGCGCGGACGGAAAAGUGGACUGCGCUUAUUGCUGGACGGUGAAGAGGGACGUUUUUGACAUUCCCAUGCUGCUUGUGAUGAAUGUGAGUACAUCCCCGUCCUUCCCGAGUUAG